CAUGUUUGGAGGAAAACAUAUACGUUAGGAGUUAGUUAGCGAAACAACAUAUUUGGGAGCUGUAAGGCAUCCAAGUGAAUCGGAUCCGUGUAAAUGUUACGCUGCGUGAUUAUGAUUUAAUUAAUAUCCGUACAGUACUUGAGGAAGUUUAAUUUCCGUUGUCUAUGUGGAAUAACUGAAUCAUCAUCGUCGCCUAUCAAUUUUUCUUUAUUGAAUUGAUUCAUUUCUUGCUGAGUGCUCUUCACUUCCCACUUUCAAAAUGGUUAUCAAAGUGUACAUUUCCGGAAUUUCAGGAAAUAAGGAGGUGAAAAAAAGACAGCAGCGUGUUGUGAUGAUUUUAGAAAGCAAAAAUAUUGAGUAUGAAGCAAUAGAUAUUGCGGAGCCUGGCAAAGAAGCAGAAAAAGAAUUCAUGCAACAAAAUAGCAAGGCCAAGGAUUCUAAGUAUGCUUUACCACCUCAAAUAUUUAAUGAAGAAGAAUAUUGCGGGGAUUAUGAAGAAUUUGAUCUUGCCAAUGAAUUGGAUGAACUAGAAAAAUUUUUGAAAGUUCCUGCUGGUAGUAUUCAAGCGAACGAUACGUCGAAAAGUUCUUUCACGAAUGGAAAUGUCACAUCAAGCCGAGAGCAAUCAACUGAGAAAGAUACAGUGGAACGACACACAAUUUCAAGUUUAUCUGAAGACAGAAUAUCAGCAGAAAAUCAUGAGGAAACGGAGGAAGACGAUGAAACCACAGAGCGUAAAAGCCCAGUAAACCAUUCAGAAAGCAAAGAUACCGCAGAUGUAGAGGCAGAAGAGGAAGAGAUGGCCACUGAUAAAGAAAAGAGUACCGCAGAAGAAACGACAAAUCACACCGCAGAUAAUUCAGACGAGAGUGAAGAGGAGGAAGAAGAGGAGGACGAGUGAUUGCAACCUCUGAAAUUUUUUCACCCUGCGUUCAGCAAAGUCACUUCAGAGAGUACUUAUGCAUUCAAUGAUUUCUUGCGUUUAGCCUUCUUUUAAAAAGAGGACAGCUCAAUAAUGAGAUGUAGAUUUUAACUAGUUCUGGGCAGGACAUCAUAUGCAAUUAUACUGUAUAAAAAAGGCUAUUCAGGUAGAAAUGUAUCUUACCUGCAAGAAGCAGAACCAGAUAUCGACGGCCAAAAGGCGAAACCUCAAAAGAAAGGCAAUCCUUUACUCUGUUUCAAAAUUUCUGCUCCUAUUUCAUUUUCUCUAAGAGCAGCAAGCUAACUUUAUAGCAUGUACAGAAUAUUCUUCUAACAGUGAAGAAAAUUCAAGGAAGUUUUCAAGAAAUUACUUGGCCUAGUUUCUCGAAGAAAAAAUGAAGUAUGACAGGAAGUCUGCAAUGUUCCAAAUGGAAAUGCGUGGUUUCGCACUUUAGCCUUUGAUAUAGGUACCUAACAGUUUCCCUUCCCCCACCCUAUCAUCUCCUUCCACAAUGAUCAUGGUCAAUUCAGUCCGUGUCACUUCAUUUUCUUGUUCAGCUCAUGACAGCCCGCAUUUAGUUUAUUUUGUUUUGCUGUUUAUAUGUAUGUGUUACUCACUUAUAUGUAAAAGCAUUUCAAAAGUUCCCGUCCUUACAGAAAUAUUUAAACUUACAGGUCAAUCUGAGAUCAGUUUCCUUUAAACGAUGGCCCCCAUUUCUGCCGUGCUUUAGAAGACCGCCAUAUGAGCUUUUGAAUGUUGUCUGAUGUCCUUUAAUGAAGCUUUAAUCUUUAAGGAGCCUCGUGAAUGUUUCAGCUUCGAAUUUUUCAGUGAGUUUAAUUCUCAAUUUUAUCCCAAGUACCUGAAAAUUUCAAAGAAAAAUAUGCGUAACUUUCGUCAAAAAUUAAUAUUUAAUCGAGAAAAAUGUGGCAACAUCCGAAUGUUUGCACAGCGUUUUUGGCAGAUUUGCUCUGACUGAUGUCAGUUUAUUUAUGGCCUCAUUUCUGCUCCUAGUAAGGUUGCCUCUUCCUCCUGAAGCAUGUCCCUUAAUUUGAAUCUUCACUUGUAAGUGUUGCCUUUGUGUUAAAAAUUUGGAUUCCUAUCAUUUCGUCACAAAGCUAUUUAGAAAUCAUUGUUUGUAUUUUUACAAACCAUCAUCUAUCACACGUAUCUUUAUAUAUUUAUAUAUUUUAAUUCAAUUCAUAUGUAUCAUAGGAUAAACCUUCAUUUAAUUUUGAGUUGUUUUUGUUUCAUGUGUUUCCAUAUUCAUAUGUGCGUUUUCCAUUGUGAAUGCCGACUUCAAUAAUUAUUCGUCAUGUUUGGGUUUGACUCCAGAAAACUAAUCAGUGCCAAAGAUUUUUGGUUUCUAAAAAAAGAUGAAAGUCGAACAUUUUUUGCAAUAUAUUUGAAGGAUGUUAUUUUAUUUUUUUAAUUUAUUUUUUUUUCUAAUCAUGUUAAUUCUGUUGGUUCGGAUUUUAAAAGAAAAGUAUUAACUUUUUAGAAAAAAGUAAUGCCAUGUAAAUAAACUUUAAUUUUUAUCAGUCUCUCAAGUACAAGAAAACUGGACGCAAUUUAAUAGUUGUCAAAAAAAUUUUAGUCAUGAAAUUUACUCUUCUUUUUGAGAAAUUUUCUUCCGAUUUUUGAAUCUCUUUGCUUUGUCAAAUAUGAGGAUGGGUAGCUCAAACGUACUAAUGAUUAGUUGCAUAUAUUUAAGCACAAUCUGAAGACUAGUGUCUGAAAAUUCAAAGUUUCUACAAUCAUAUUCCUACUGUAGUGUUUCUAAUCUAAUGCUAUCAUUUAACGCAACAAUUUUUGUCUUUUUAUGGUAUGAUAUAUCCCAUUCCUCCUCUCUUUUAUCUUUUUAGGAAUUUAUUAUUCCAAGUGUAGAAAUGAAGCACAGUCGGACUUUAUCUCACUCAUUCCAUGUUUUUUAGAAGCCAGAAAAUUUGUGACAAAUCGAGGAUACUGUUUCCGCUUCCAAGAACUUCACUAGUUGCUUACUAUAUUCUAGUCCCACCAUUCACUGGCCAGUUAAGAACCCCUAUGAUUAUAAUCAGUUAAGAUGAGUGGGUCUGGGCAUUCAAGUGCCCUGGAGCUAUUAUACAUGUCCUAAAAUCAUCUCUCAGGGUGUCCACAAAGCUCAAAAAUUGGAAAUAGUCAGAAGAUAAUAUGAACCAGAUUUUUAGACAAAGACGCAAUUGUAGGAAUUGAGAACUUUUUUGGUAAAAAGACGUAUGAAGCUUGGAAUGCUUCUAAGAUCGUGCAAUUUUUUCUAGUGCUUGCAGCAGUUGAAAUUCAUUCACAGUUGACUUACCUCUUUACAAUAGUGAGUAUAAACUCAGAGCAGAUUCAGAGAAAAAUUCACAGCAGAAUCGUCGGAUGAGUUACUUACAACUAGAGCAUUGCGUUGCACGAUCUUAGCAGUAUUGAAAGUCUCAAACGCCCUUUUACGGAAAAAUGCCUCAAUUUUUGAGUAUUUUUCUCUCUUGUGAUUUUUAUAUCUCUGUCAAGUUUUUUGAUCAUCUUUUAAUAUUGACAAAUGUCCACAAAAAUUCCAACUUAGGAAAUGAAAAUUUUCUUAUAAGCGCCCGCAGGUCAUCAAUGAGAAAAAGUCCGGAAAUUGUUUUCCUGCAAGUCUGUACGCCCUCUGCUGGGAUCUCAGGCUUUUGACUAGAAUACCUCUAACUGCCCUGUGGCAUAACAACCAAUGUAUUUCGAAGGGUGUGUUUUUACAGGCAAUGAAAGGGGACAAACACCCAAAAAACAAGUUGGGCUUGAUAUAGUACGAAUCAAACCAUGAACUCAGGGGGAAAUGCUUUGGUGAUUUGCAGUUCAACUUAGCAGCUUUAGCAGUUUGAAACAGUCGGCAGAACAUAGCAUCGACUUCUCAGAUGAAACAAGAGUUCAACUUCAAUUUGUCGUCUCCUGCAGGAAGGAACGUACCUUUCCUGCGCUGUCUCAGUAUUUCUAAGAGCAUUUUGUUUUUCAUGGGGGUUCACCACCCAAAUUUGUUUGCAGAUUUUAGUCUUUUUUCACCGGUGUAAGAAAAAUCACUGUAAAUUUCCAAAAAAUUUAUGCGACACUUCUUCUGAAAAAUAAUAAAGUUUCAGUCAGAAAUACUGAAUUAGUACAAUUGAGGUACACUUCUUUGUGCGGGAGAUAACAAAUUUAGGGGUUUGUCCCUUUUAACUUUUUCCGACGUCCCUGCCACUAGAUUUUAUUUCCGACUGCACAGAUUUUUAUCUGAUAGUUCUGAUACAAUAAACUAAUCUCACAUAUUUUUUUUCUUUUUGCUUUAAUAGCAAUGUCUAGCCUAAGAAGAUGUUCUUCUGAUAUCUUGUGCUUAAUUUCCUAUCGUCCUAAUUAUAUAUCCUUCUUUUGCCUUCCAUGUUUAACCGCAACUGCAGUUGCACCUCCUAUUUCUAUCUCUUAUUUUUAUAUGCUUUUUUCUCUCCUUCUUUCUAGUCGAUGCUCAAAUUGUAAGCUUACUUUUUUGUUGCUAUUUUUGGAUAAAUUUAAUGGUAAAUUUCUUUGGAAAUUUGUCUCUGAGGGAAUUGUAUGUCUUCUCUGGAAACAUAGUAUAAACAUAUCUGAUUCGAAUUACUUGUCCAGGUAUUUAACUCUAUUUUUUGCCAUACUUAAUUAAUGAAAAAUUUCAUGACUGAAAUAAUCGUGUGUCAGCUUGUCGUCUGCUAAAUAACCUCCAUGUUUUCCCUUAUACACAAUUAAACAGACCAAGUGUUUCCUCCCACUGUCAAUCGAAUUGCACUUUGACCUGCAGUCAUUUCAACCAUGGUAGAAGAGUGGGAGUUGAAAAGUUAGUAGCACAAUUAGCAUCAAGCUUGCCAUGCAAGUCAAAAUUUAUGAAUCUGAGAGUAUCAGAAGUUCCAAUAGAUCACUAAACUAAAUCAAUCAAGUUUAAAUUGAAUUUAUCUUCAAAAAAUUCACUCAUUAAAACUCGAUUUCCCAUGUAGCAAAACCCAUACCUCUGUAAGUUUUAAAGAUCAUCAUGUGCUAAGGCAAGUCUAACAUUUUAGGUGGGGUUUGACCCUCAGCUAUAAGUUUCAAAACAACACUGGAGACUCUCUAAACAUCUGAAGACUUGAUAAUAACAGGCUAAGGGCCAAAAAAUAAAGAGAAGAAAAAAUCAAAAAUUGAGUUAGACGAGGCUUUUUGUUCCAAGCACCUUGGACAACAUGCUGCAUAACAGGUUUAGUUCCACCAACAAUAGAACACUGCGUAUAACGUCUGAAAGGUAGCGUUAAUCCUAUGUUCCACAGUAGUUGUCAGAAAUGAAAAUGUGAAUAACUUGAAAUCAACUUUUUGGCACUCAGCGCUUCAUUAAUGUUAAUAAGCCUCUAUGUGUUGUUACUUUAUGCCAAGCAAUUUUUUAUUAUCGUUCAUUAGGAAUCUCUUUCUGAUAAAACAGUAGUACAUGUUCUGAACUUAACCUUCUAUUCCCUAACUAAUAAUUAGAAUUGAUUGCUUAUUAAUGCAAGCAUUAUAACAGCAUACACUGGACAUUUUCCCAUCCCACCUCUUCUGUUUAAGUAUUUUGUCUCCCUCGAUGAUUUUUAUUUUAUAUCGAAAGCAUGACUUAAUAAGUUAAUUUGAAAUUUUAUAGUCUGUUCAUCAAGCCAGUAACAAUUUUUAUUAUUUAUUCUCUUUUUCUCUUUUUAAAUGAUUGGUAUAUGCGUCUAUGUAAAUUCAGAGACUGAAAAAUUUUGCUGACAUAUUGUCCUUAGAUUAUUUUAAGAUUCAUAUUACUUCAGUUUUGUGAUUUGAAGGAAAAUAAUGUAAAUAAAAACCACUCAAACUGUUU